CCUUUCCUUUCCUCCGGCCGCGCGCCCCCUCCUCCCUCCUCCAUCCUUCCCCCACCCUGUUUGUGUGCCCCUCCCGCUGCGACUGGCUGGGAGGCUUGGCCGCCCCCGCCCCGAUAGGGAGGCGGGGGCGCCAGCCGCGGCGGCCACCCGAGGCUGCGGAGGGGAGCGAGAUCCGAGGCCCCGAGGCGGCCCUGCAUCUGGCCCGGGCACGCGGGGGCUGCCUCUGCACCCCCAGCAGAGGGCCGCGGGGCCUGGCCUCGUCGCGGGGUGGAGGAGCCUCCUUGCCCCUGGCUGCCAGCGCCCUGAGCCUGCCUGACCCCUCAGGGGGGCUCGCCCGCGUCCCCCCAUGAGCGCGCCCGGCUGACCUCCAGGGCGGCCGCGGUGGAGCCCGGGCGCCACGGGGGCAGCGGGGCCAUGGCCUCGCUGGACCUGCCCUACCGCUGCCCGCGCUGCGGGGAGCACAAGCGCUUCCGGAGCCUGUCGUCGCUGCGCGCGCACCUGGAGUACAGCCACACGUACGAGACGCUCUACAUUCUCUCCAAGACCAACAGCAUCUGCGACGGCGCCGCGGCGGCCUUCCCGCUGGCGCCCGAGCCCGCCGCCCUGCUGGCCGUGCCGGGCGCCCGGCGCGAGGUCUUCGAGAGCACGUCCUUUCAGGGCAAGGAGCAGGCAGUCGGGCAGUCGUCCGCCGCGCCACACCUGCUGCACCACCAUCACCACCACGCGCCCCUCGCCCACUUUCCCGGCGACCUGGUGCCGGCCGGCCUGCCUUGCGAGGAGCUGGCGGAGCCGGGCCUCGUGCCCGCCGCGCGCUACGCGCUCCGCGAGAUCGAGAUCCCGCUGGGGGAGCUGUUCGCCCGCAAGUCCGUGGCCUCCUCGGCGUGCUCGACGCCGCCGCCCGGGCCUGGCCCCGGCCCCUGCCCCGGGCCCGCGUCCGCCUCGCCCGCGUCUCCCUCGCCCGCCGACGUGGCUUACGAAGAGGGCCUGGCCCGCCUCAAGAUCCGGGCGCUGGAGAAGCUGGAGGUGGACCGACGGCUGGAGCGGCUGAGCGAGGAGGUGGAGCAGAAGAUCGCAGGCCAGGUGGGCCGGCUGCAGGCCGAGCUGGAGCGAAAGGCGGCGGAGCUGGAGACUGCGCGGCAGGAGAGCGCGCGGCUGGGGCGUGAGAAGGAGGAGCUGGAGGAGCGCGCCUCCGAGCUCUCGCGCCAGGUGGACGUGAGUGUGGAGCUGCUGGCCUCGCUCAAGCAGGACCUGGUGCACAAAGAACAGGAGCUGAGCCGCAAGCAGCAGGAGGUGGUGCAGAUCGACCAGUUCCUGAAGGAGACGGCGGCACGGGAGGCCAGCGCCAAGCUGAGGCUGCAGCAGUUCAUCGAGGAGCUCCUCGAGCGGGCUGACCGGGCCGAGCGGCAGCUGCAGGUCAUCAGCAGCAGCUGUGGCAGCACGCCCAGUGCCAGCCUGGGCCGCGGAGGUGGGGGAGCUGGUGCUGGGCCCAGUACCCGGGCCCCAGGCAGGACGCGAGAACACCACGCGGGCCCAGCCAUGCCUAGCAAGUAUGCAGUGUCCCGGCAUGGCUCCUCUCCCAGCACAGGGGCCUCCAGUCGCAUCCCAGCUGCAUCUCAGAGCUCAGGUUGUUAUGACAGUGACAGUCUGGAGCUGCCUCGGCCAGAAGAGGGGGCCCCCGAGGACAGCGGCCCCGGGGGCUUAGGCACGCGGGUCCAGGCUGCCAACGGCGGCUCGGAGCGGGGCCAGCCCCCUCGCAGCUCUGGACUGCGGCGCCAGGCCAUCCAGAACUGGCAGCGCAGACCCCGUCGACACAGCACGGAAGGGGAGGAAGGUGACGUCUCCGACGUGGGCUCCAGAACCACCGAGUCAGAGGCUGAGGGCCCCUCGGAUAUCCCCCGCCCUGGGCCUGCUAUGGCUGGGCCGGUGAGCAGCUGCCGGCUCUCUGCCCGCCAGGAGGGAGGCAGUGGGCGGGGUCGGCGAGCUGAGAGGGGAAGCCCCUCCCGCUCCAAUGAGGUCAUCAGCCCUGAGAUCCUCAAGAUGCGAGCUGCCCUGUUCUGCAUCUUCACCUACCUGGACACGCGCACUCUGCUACACGCCGCCGAGGUUUGCCGGGACUGGCGCUUCGUGGCCCGCCACCCUGCCGUCUGGACCCGGGUGCUGCUUGAGAACGCCCGCGUCUGUUCCAAGUUCCUGGCAAUGCUGGCUCAGUGGUGCACCCAGGCCCACUCGCUGACACUGCAGAACCUGAAGCCUCGGCAGCGGGGCAAGAAGGAGAGCAAAGAGGAGUAUGCCCGGAGUACCCGGGGCUGCUUGGAGGCAGGCCUGGAGUCUCUGCUGAAGGCAGCGGGGGGAAACCUGUUGAUCCUGCGCAUCUCCCACUGCCCCAACAUCCUCACUGACCGUUCGCUGUGGCUGGCUAGCUGCUACUGCCGCGCCCUGCAGGCCGUCACCUACAGAAGCGCCACAGACCCAGUGGGCCAUGAGGUCAUCUGGGCCCUGGGCGCAGGCUGCAGAGAGAUCGUCUCCCUCCAGGUGGCGCCACUUCACCCCUGCCAGCAGCCCAUGCGAUUCAGUAACCGCUGCCUACAGAUGAUCGGUCGCUGUUGGCCCCACCUCCGGGCUCUGGGGGUCGGGGGUGCCGGCUGUGGGGUGCAGGGCCUGGCAUCACUUGCGAGAAACUGCAUGCGGCUGCAGGUGCUGGAGUUGGACCAUGUGUCGGAGAUCACCCAGGAGGUGGCGGCUGAGGUCUGCCGGGAAGGCCUGAAGGGCCUGGAGAUGCUGGUGCUCACAGCCACCCCUGUAACCCCCAAGGCCCUGCUGCAUUUCAACAGCAUCUGCCGGAACCUCAAGUCCAUUGUGGUUCAGAUUGGGAUUGCCGAUUAUUUCAAAGAGCCUAGCAGUCCUGAGGCCCAGAAGCUGUUUGAGGACAUGAUAACAAAGCUCCAGGCCCUACGGCGGAGGCCCGGCUUCUCUAAGAUCCUGCACAUCAAGGUGGAAGGCUGCUAACCCGGGUUGGGGGCGGCAGGGCCCCUGCCAGCCCCACGCCAGCCCCGCUCUUUGGACCUCCAGAGGGAUCCUGAUCUGGACUAGACUUUUGGAGGCUUGGUGUUAUCCCUGGUUUCUGGGAGAGGGGUUUUAGUCUCCUGUCCUCCUGCUGGGACAGUGGGACGCAGGCCUGACCCUAAGCGCUGCCUCUCCAGGGCAGGAGCUUGGACAGCUGUCCCCCACCUCCACCCCACCCCCAUCUGGAGCAGCCCUCUAGGCACAGCCAGCGAAGAGCUGAGUCUCCACCAGCACUUGGUGUCAUCGCCCUGAGGAUCUGCAGUAACCACCAGGGGCUCCUUGGCUGCUCAGGCUGUUGGGGCCGGCCUCCCCUUUGUGAGGCCCAGCCUCCUGGUCGGGAGCCUCUGUCAGGCCCCAGACCAGAGGGGUUGCUCCAACAGACAGCUCAGACUUGGCCCAGAGGCUCUUCUCUUCCCCCUGCUCAGUCCCAGCCUUCUGCGGGGCAUCCCCUUCAGGAAGCCUGCCAGGGCUCUGGGUCCAUAUUCUCCAGGGAUAACCCUAGGGGUCUUGGGGAUGUGGUCAGCUGAAAGUGGGAAGUAGGGGGUUCAGUGAGGUAGUGGGGUCAGCUUGGAAGGGCAAGACAUCUAUUCAGAACUUCUCCCCGAGACAUCCAGGCCACGCCUCCCAAGGGUGGAUAUUGCCAGGGUGAGAAAACUUCGAGUUUUUACUGCUGUAGAAAAGAUAAGACUCCUCCCAGCCACCACAUAUCCCAUGACACACCAGAACUAAAUUCAGAGCUAUGAGGCGCAUGUUUCUAUACCUUCACCAAUCCCGAGCCUCUGGAGGGGCCAGGUCCCAGCUCUGGGAAAUGCUGUCAGCAGUGAGAAGCGGUUCCUGUCCUCAAGAAGUAUACUUCUAAUCUGGGUGCUUGGACAGGAAUCUGAUGGCCUUUGGGUCCCCAAGGUCAUGUGAGAGGGAAUCACUUGGCUGCCCUCUGCUGGGGCCUGGAGGAGGCCGGAAGAGGGGUGGUUUAGUUUGCUUCCUUGUCCGGCUACCUUGCUGGAAGAUGUGGCCUUGGUGGGGAGCCACACCUUUGGGGCCCAGAAGGAGCCCCAACAUCAGACUUGUCCCCCCGCUUCAGUCUCCACUGGUCCAUGGGCUGGGGGCUAUGUUGGGGGGUGUUCUGCCUGGGGCAGUGCUGGGGCCUGAACCAGGAUCACUGGCUUAGAGUGCAAAUGGAGGCUCUCACUGACCCUUGCAUGGUUCCCAAAGGGUCAGGUCCUGGCACUAUGGCUGUAAAGACUCAGGUCUCCAAGUUCUUCCUCUUAGCCCUCCCACAGUGGCACAAAGGCCGUGGGUCCUGCCAACCUCCAUUUGGAAAGUUCUUUCAAACAUUAGUCUGGAUCCAUCUUAGGGUAUCCUUCUCUCGCUAUAAGAUGGGCUCUCAGCCCUAAACAUUAGGUUCUGGCUGGGGCCAGGCUCCUCUAGUUUCCCAGUCCUUUCCAGGAAUCCAACUUUUCUGCUGCAACCUGGCAUCAGGACAUCAAGACCCACCCCUGGGUUUCCUUGCAAAAGGCCUCCAGAGCUGGGACCCUCACAGGCUCAGAAGUGUAUCCAGCUCUCCUGGCUCUCCACACAGCUGUGUCUUGCUCUUUUUGUUGUUUUCUUCCUGUGACUUGUUCUGGCCCUACCCUUUGAAGACUCCAAAUACCAAGGGUGGCAUGUCGGUAUCUCCAUCUAGUUCUGCACGAAGCCUUGGCUGUGUGGCAUCCCCACCCCAGAACAGAGCAACUGGUUCUGUUGGCUCUGACCUCCCAGUUCUGUCCCCAGGAGUCAUGAAGGAGAAGCACAACUUUCCUCUGUUCUGGGACCAGAAGGGAGGUGGAGGUCCACUUGGCCUGGCUGCCCUGGGUGUGUCUGUUCUGCUUUACCAGCUGCACCCACCAUAGCCCCUGCUCCCUGCAACCCUAGGACCGGAGGUGUUGCCCUCCCUGUGUCUCCUGGACAAAGCACAAAGGGAUGCCUUGUUUGGCCUGAGCCUGUCCUACUGAGGGGCUUUUUCUGUCCCAGGAAGCCUCCAUCCCUGAAUACAAGGCUUUGGGCAAUCUCCUUGGGAAGAUGCCUGGUGGAAUGCCUGCCAUCAGUUCUGGGAAAGGUGAGGGUGCACGGGCAGCGAGCUCGAGUGAGAGAAAGGUGGUGCUGAAAGGCCUGGUGGUGGUUAAGUCCCUUCUGACCAGCAGCGCUGAGUAUCACCAGCACAGGGGGCAGCCGGGUGAACAGGACGCCCCUCACCUGUUGGUGGGAAGUUUUCCUCUCCAUGAGUUGGGCUGUUUCCAGAAACCCACCAAGUCCCCCAUCCUUUGUUUUCCAGCUGAGCGAGGGGGAUGCAUAGUGCAUGGGUCCAAGCCCCUGCCUAGGUGGGUCACAGCGUGUCCCACUGCACACCUGGGACUGACAGGCUUGUGUGCCCCAGCCUGGGUGUCUGCCCAGAGAACUGGGUGUGCAGGCUUCCACAGGUCCUUACCAGCUUGAUGGUAGUUGUGCCCCUCCUCAGAGGGGUGAGCCCUGAGUGAGGGCACCUCAUCUCUCACCGAACGCGGAGCCCUCUUCCAUAUCUCACAUCUGAUGAGAUGCACAACAGGGCUAUCUGGGCGAGCAAACCGAGGCAGGCCCUGCUCCCAGGGACCCAGCCGGUGUGGAGGCCCCUUGGGUGAUGGCCACUUGGUGUCCUUACCACCUCCUGCCAGCCCAGCGCCUGGGAGACUUGGGUGUUUGUCCGGAGGACAUCGUGCUUUAUUCAGGCUGCCUCCCCACAGCACUGGCGGAGAACAAAGGAGAUGAUGUAUCUGGGUCCCUGAGGGAGACAAAGUGGGCCGCCCAGAGCCAUGGCUUUUACAGGCCAGGAGACCACCUUGGGACCAGGGCAGAGUGGAGUCUGAGCCAGUCCUUCAAGAAUUGCUGGGGUGGGGCUGGGGGAGGGAAGGCAGCCUCCUUCCCAAGUCCUGCUGCUGCAAGGCUUGACUCCAUGCUUUGUCUCUGGGUUCUGCAUGGCCCCUGCCCUGGGCUCUGGUCCUCUGGGCUGUGGGUGGGGAGCCGCCCACGCCUGGUCCCUCUUGGGUGCUAAGCCGAAGAUCUUUCCAGAGUGACUACUGGUGCCAAAGACCCAAUUCCUGGUGGGCUUGGGGUGAAAACAAGCUGGGGACUAGGUACAGGGCCCAGCACCUGGAGGAGUUAACUCAUGCUUUAGGAUCUGUCCCAACCCAUCAGUCCCUGAGGAUGGAACUUCCCUUCCCCAGGGGCCUGGCACUUCUCCCUACUGGUGGCUGUGCUCUCUCACCCAGCCUUUUCCCAGGUCCCGUUUCUGUAUAUACUGCUGUGUAACGUGUGUGUGUGUAUAUAUUUAUUCCUGGACAAGUGUGUUCAUCUGCAGCCUUGCCUGAGGAUAAGGUUUAGUUAGGAUUGGAUGAAGAUCAGAAUACCAGGGCCAACUAAGGCAACCAGCUCCUAGUCUGACCCCAACCCCUUGGGACCCUGGCCAGUCCCAAGACUGCCCCGACAAUCAGGCAGGCUUCCCCGCUGCAAGUCCAACCCUCGCCUGCCACUGCUGGCAGGGGCCCAGGCCUCAGCUCUGCCCUGGCAAGGGCCUAGCGCUCAGGGUCAGGCUCGCCUUGUGGCUGGUGCCAAUAGGCCUGGCUUGCGUAACCCUGCUGGCGGGGACCUCCACAGCUGGCCCCCACGCCAUGCCUUCCCUGAACAGCCAGGUGCAGUGGGCCUGAGCUGAGAGGGGAGCUUUCCUCACCCUAAACACAUCAGGCAGAGGGGUGGACAGCAAGUUUUGGUUUUGUUUCUGAAGUGGUGCCUGUACCUCCAGCCCCCAGGGGGCCUCCCCUGGCCCCACUUUUCUGCCCCACCCAGGCACCACCAUCCCAGCACUUUGCUCCACAUCGCCCAUAGAUGCCCUUUGCUGAAUGUACCCGAGCGUAUGUAUUUAAAAGGACUCCAAUGGGCAUCUGAAUUUGUGGCUUUGUAUCCAAUAAAAAAUGGUGAAACUGGAA